AUGAGGAGUCCAGGCAUGUCUGUGUUUAAACAACAGAAAGUAGAGGACAUUUAUGAAAUUGGCGAAGAGCUAGGAAGGUAAGCCUGAACUUUUCCUACUCCUGUGCAAAUGUUACAUGCGAGCUCCCUUAGCCAUUGGCUGCACUGCUGAGAUGUCAUGGAAUGUUCACAAACAGAUGCAAACUGUGCUGUUCUAACAUUAGAUAAAGUUUGUGGCAGUGGCAGUAAAAUACAUUGCAUAGAGGUGUACCUUUUAUACUCCAUUUCAAUUUCUGGUUAAACACCAGCUGGUUUAUGCAUGAGGGCCAAAGAAUAUGUUACUUUAGUCACAGGGAAGGUGUGUGUGUGUGAAAGAGAGAGAGAGAGAACAAACUGGGUGAAGGGGAGGGGGCUUUAACCCUUUGCCCCCUGCUGCAGUCCUAUUCUGCAUCAGGGACCCACUGCCUGCUAUUUGUAUGGGACCAGGUGUGUGGAAGCUCUUGUUCACUCCUGCUUACCUGUUUUAAAAGUCAGGAUGAAUGAACUGAUUUUAGUCUGCCUAGCUUUUCUCGGAAGCCACAGUCAGACAUAUUUCAUCAAGGUUUGUGGUGGUUUUAUCUUCUGAAGUAGACUUGAGCAUGGCAGAAUAUUAAUGCAUAAACAUAGAGUAAAUUAGACAUAAUUUAAGAAUCUUUGGGUCGCAACAAGCAAACUCUGUGGGACAAGAGGUAUCGCUUGAUAUCUCACCUGUGGGAAUGCACUCCACUGACUCAACUACAUUUGAGGGGACUGGAAUUCUGGCUCUUUGGUUUCCCAUCUCUCAUUCACAACCUGUGAUGUAACUUUGGCAUCAAGUGAUAGGGAACGCCUGUGUGAACUAGCCCCAUGUUUCUUCCCCUGAUGCGCAGGGACCCAGUCACAAAGGCCCACCUUGAGACGGGCUGUGAGGGUACAGGGCGUGACCGAGGCAAGCAGUCACUUGCUUCAUUCAUACUUUCAAUUCUGUAAACAAGAUUGUUUUACGUUGUUGUCAGGUCACAGCCUCUUCACUCUGCAUCUGAAACUAUUCAAGGUGCUGACAGGUGUGUCUGGUGGUUAAGGAGCCUUAUGUCAAGAUACCUUCAGAAUAUGCAUCACUUGCACGGAACAAAACAGGUUUUUGUUAAAACAGUUGUCAGGGAUUAUAAAAACCCGCUGCAUCUUGUUGUUCUACAGGCAGAACUAAACUGCUACCCUACUGAUCUGCCGCCAUUUGCAGGAAGGGAGGGGCUGCAGCUUUCCUUUUCCAUGCUGCUUAUUAAAGUUUUACUUUAGGCCAGUUAUGUGUUGGCUACUGUAUAGACGUGACAUAGCUCCUCCCUAGUAAGCUUGCAUCAGGGAUGCUGAAACCUCACUUUGGGGUGGGGUGGGGCUGAUGUGGCCUUCAGUUAUUUUCCCCUGUCUCCCCCAAGACACCGCUGCAAGAAGAUUCCUUAAAAGCUCUGGUGUGGGUGAGGAUGUUUAUAGCUCUAUGCCAGUGGUUUUAAACCAGUGUGGCGUGGAACCCUGGGGUGCCUUGAAUGAUGGUCAGGGGUGCCACAGUCAACACUGGCCUCUGUCCCUCUUUCCUUUCCUCUCUCCUCUGAUGCCUCUUGUGUCUCUGCAUCGCAAAGGCUUGUGCGACUGUUUCUUGCAGCAGCCCUGGCUACAAGAUCCCCAGGCAAAUGAUACCAGGGGGUGCUGGUUGCCAGGAGCUGAGGUGGGCUUGGAGUAAGCAAGCGAACAGGUGAGGGAGGCAAGCAAGCCAGUCCACCAGCCCUUGCUGUUGGGAAUGGACAGACAAGUGGGAGGCCAGGCAGGCAAGCGGGUGCUGCUCUGGCCUUUCUUGUGCUUGCUGUAUGCAAGGCCUGCCUGGGAGUUGAGUGCCUGGUGCCAAAGGGGAGCCCUUCUGCCAUGCAGACCCAGCAAUGCCCGCUGCUGUCACUGCUGCCUCCCAAGGUGAAUAAGGUGCUGGCUUCACAUUCACUUUGGGCCAGUCACCGUUGGGCCACUAAGGAUGGGGGCAUCCUCUGCCAGGCCCCUGUGGGGCAGUGUGAGAAGGCACCUCUCCUGGGGGGUGGGAGCAGCAGCAGUGGUUGCUGGGAUAACUCCCAAGCAGAGUGGAUGGGAGAGAUGACUGAGGAAACACUCCACAAGGGAGGGUGUUCAAAAAUGCGUGACAUAACUGGGCUCCUGAGCCCCACAGGAGUGCUGCAGAAAAAAUGUAGUUGGUCAAGCGAACCGUGGACUCCAAAAGGUUAAAAUCCUGUGGUUUGUGCAACCAAGAGAACAGAUGUGGAUGUGACCCUGUGGCCACUUGGUUUAACUGGGGCUGAUGGUGGCCAAGAUGCCAGCUCACAGAAGCAGCUCCUCUGUCAUUGAUUCUGUAUUACUACUACUACUACUACUACUACUACUACUACUACUCUGGGCAAGUGAGCCCUGGGCAGGGGGCAGGGGGCAGGAGUUGUUCUGAUGCUUCUCUGCCUGUGGCAGCUUCAUGUUCCAGGCCAGCCCUAGAUCAGAUCCUGGUCCCUCUAAGCUUCAUCCUCUCAGCCAUGUAUUUCGCACAGGACAUCCCUGCUGAAGCUGCGGCAGGAAGUGCUCUUUCAACUUGUAAUCUUGCUGAGAUGUCUGUCAGCAUCUGAUUCAGCGAAGUGAAUCAGCCUAUCAAAAAUGAAAUGGCUUAAUUGUUUGUUUUUUUGCUUCUGAGUUUUCUGCUAAAAGCACCCGAGGUGGUGGCUGACAAUUAACUGUUGUAGAAUCUGCUCAUUUAAGCACAAUAAACUUAAUUAAAUAAAAGUAUGCACUCCCCACCAAAGCAGAGGGCUAGCCCGGAGAGAUGAUUGCCUUAAUUUGAUUUGGAAGGUGCAUGAGCCAUAUUUAAUUUUUUUCCAAUAAUAUGAUUUUUUACAACAAGUUUUCUAAAAAUGUCUAAAGCAAGAAACAACACUAAAGAUUUGAUUCUCGUUCCAUUUCAGCAGCAGCCUUUGUCAACCUGGUGCCCUUCAAAUGUUUUGGACUUGAGUCUUGCGGGGUUAGAUGGAUUUUCUUGGCCCUGAUCCAGCUAAUUCAGGGCUUUUCUGAUGUCCUAUAAAACAGCAGAAAGAGGAAUCAAAGCAUCCUCUUUUGCCACUCAGCCGGUAAAUAAAAAAAUAUUCCAGCGGCAUGGCUUCUUGAGGCCCAAUGUUUAUGGAAUAAUUGCUUUUGCCAUUGCACUAAUAUUUUGGAAAUAUUGACAACUUCUCUGAGUAGCUGAUAGCUGAUUUUUACAGUGUCUGGAACGAAAAGUCAGGAGGGUAAUGAAUAGCGGCAGCAGCAGCAUUGAAAUGACUGGUUCUUGUGCCUGGGAGCUUGACAUGAUUUGUCAGCUCUGGACAGGACUAAUGCCUUGGGAUCUAAAAUCAUCCUCCAGCCCCGUCAUCAAGUCACGUCUACCUAGAAGUCCUUAUUUGGCAGCCAUGCCAGUGACAGACACCCAGAGGUUCUGUAAUACUUUUGGGGGGUUAAGCUUCUGCUGACGAGUUGUUUGCGGUAAAAGGGAGGGUGUGUCAGUUGCUGUCAUAAGCAUUGUGUCCUAUGUUUGACAAAUUGAUGUUCCCUUAACUCUGAAAAGCAGAAAUCCUAUUACAGGAUAAAACUUGCUCCAUGGCCAGUUCAGACAUUUUGGCGCCUGAGUUGGUAAAUUGUAAUGGGACACCUCUCUCUCUCUCUCUCUCUCUCUCUCUCUCUCUCUCUCUCUCACACACACACACAGAGAGAGAGAGAGAGAGAGAGAGAUUAAUUUACUUGUAUAAUUAAUUUGUAGCCCAUCUUUCUUCUACGAUGGAGCUCAGGAUGGUGAUGAUGAUGAUACUACUACUACUACUAAUAAUAAUAACAAUAACAAUAACCCCACCCAUCUGUCUGGGUUUCCCCAGCCACUCUGGGCGGCUUCCAGUAGAAUAUAAAAACAUAAUAAAACAUGGGAGUUCCCAUCCAGAUACUGACUGUCCCGAAACCUACUUAGUGUCAGUAGAGAGUUAAUGGACUGUGUGCCUUGCAUGGGGGACUCUGGGCUCGCACAGGCCAUGGGAGCAGAAGGGGACAGUGAGUGAGACAGCUAGCUGCCUGUGAGGCUGUUUGAGAGAAAAGGAAGCACCUGUGUGGAUCGGGACCUGGUAGAUAAUACAUACAUUGCAUAUUCAGAUAUGUAAUACAUAACUAAAUUGCUGCAUAGUGCUGUUAUCAGUUAGAAGUGAUUAAUAAUAUGUAAUAAGAGAAGGAGAUGUUGUUGUUUUACUCUACAUAUUUUCCAAGUUAAUACACAAAACAUAAUUGCUUUACAACAAGAUUAAUGCAUCAUGCGGGGCACUUAUUAUCUGCAUUUAAGUUUUCUCACGCCUGUUCAGCCAGGAGUUCCAUGUUAAGUAAUAAGUUGUUCUCCGCAGUACAUGAUCUUCAUAUCUCUCAACUAGGCGUUCACCUGUAACUAAAACGAGAUCCCUAUUUUCAGCCUAAUAAGUCACACCAUGGGUAGAUGGGGAUAUCAUCCCAACUGCGGUACAUCUGCAGUAAAGCAAAACCUUUGUGUGUGGAAAUCAUAUUCUAAUUCAGUGCUUCUGAUUGCUGGAUUUGCUGGAUCUUGGAUGGUGCAGAGCUGACUUGGUAAACAUAUGAAUCUCCGGAAGUUGUUGGAUUCCAGUUCCCAUCAGCCAGUCUGGGCAAUGCUUGGAGAUGAUGAGAACUGUAGUCCAUCCACAUUUGGAAGAUACCAGGUUCCUUCUUCUCCUGAAUUCACUGGGAUCCAUUUUGGGUGGUUUCACUCUUUGGAUGGUAAUAUAAAUCAACUUGGUGAUCUUCAGUGCUGUUGAAGGGGAGCGAAUGAAACUUUGACCAACGAUGUGUAAUACACGCACAAGUGAGAUUGUUGGGUAAAUAUUGACCUGGCAAACCAAAAGUGGAGAUAAGUGUGACAUAUUGCUGGAGGGAGGAACUGACUGAGGGAAGAUAAGGCAGGAGGCCACGAUAGAACACAGUCUCCCUGCUGGGGAUCAGGGAAUGUGAAAGCAGCAAGAGAAAGUUACUGUGAAAUGUACAAUCACAGCUCGACUUUAUGGGUCCUUUGCUUGGAUGAAGAAUCCAUUCAAAUGGUUGCCAACAAACACAAAGCUUUACAGCAGAGGGUGGGGAACACUUUUCAGCCCAAGGGCUGCACUCCCUCAUGGGCCCUCACAGGGACCGCAGGCCAAUGGUGGGCGGGGCCAAAAGUAAAAGUGGGUGGAGCAUCAGUUGUGUGACUCCUCACCUUUGCACAGUAGGCGACAUUCCAGCCAUGCAAAAGUUCAAACACUUACACUCCAGGCAUGCAGGAUGAUAAUAAUUUAUUUGUACCCUGCCCAUCUGACUGGGCUGCCCAGCCACUCUUGGUGGCUUCCAGAAUAUAUAAAGACAUAGUAAAACAUUAAACCUUAAGAAGCUUCCCUAUACAGGGCUGCCUUCAGGUGUCCCCUUCAGGAGGCAUUGUCAUGGUUCAGUGACGCAUUUGCUGUCAUGCAAGUGCAGUUUAGGAGGCUGUGGAGCAGAACCAGUGAGGGCGUGAUUCUGAAGGGAAUCCUGAGGGCACGAUAAGCUUGAUGAGCUGCAUUUGGCCUCCCCGCCCCCCCUUUCAGAACAGCAUAAGUGAAAAAUGACAAUAUCCCCGCUCUUGACAAUAAUAAAAAAAGUGGAGAGUGGGAAGGGGCCUGGGAUGGAUGUGAGUCAGUGCAAUUCCACACAAGCUGAUUUGGCAUUUCUGGCUGUCCUGUGCUCAUAUGCUCCCAUUUGUGUGCACUGCUUUUAUGAGCUACUUCCACUUCCAUGGAAACCUAAUCUGCCAUUUCACCCAAGCCAACCAAGUAUGGUUUGUGCCAGACCUUCAAACUAGGGUUCUGAAACAGCUGACAUUCCACAGGAUAAGACUUCAAGUCCCUCCUCUCAAUAGCUAGUCAGUCAUCCACAGUCAAGAAAAAUCUGUCUCAUAUUGAGGAAGCAUCUGUGGCUGAGGCUGAGCGGAUUGGCAGGGUGUGAUAUUCAUGGGAGAGGCAAGAGCAAAAGGAUACUGGCCCAAAGGUUUCGUUGAAUCAGCAUUUAUUGCAGAGAACAAAUCUGUAGAAGCCCUUUUUGAAAAUGGUCAUGUCUCUGGGUAGAAGGAUUCUCUGAUGGAGGACAGUGUGCGGGGAGCAUUAUCCAUCGUGUUGCUAGGGCAAGCUGAAUGUUUUGCACUUCUACAUUUGUAUCUUAAAAAAUAAUAACAAUCGGAAUCCACACUGUUGCCUGGACCUUUUAGCAAGAAAUUGUCCUUCCACAUCCAUCAGCCCUCCUGGCAGCUGUUUUCCUGCCCCACAGGUGCUGGGUGGGGCUGUUUUUGUCACAGAAGCAUUUUUGUUGAAAAGAAAGGCAGCCUUUGAGACACAGAAAGGGCAGCGCUGUUCGAGGUCACUUACAAGUGUGCCGUGCCUCUGGGCAGUAGCAUCAUCACAACAAAGGAAAGCAAUUGUUGCAUGUCCCUAUGCAAAUGGUUGAUCUUUUGGUCAUUUAUUUUAGCUCCCUGUCUGCUCAGAAGCCACAUCAGGAGAGGAGGGAAAGGACAGUUCCUCCAAGCAGCCUUCUGAGCCUUGCAGGGCUUAAAAGAAUGGUGCCACAAGUGAGCAAACUGAAAACAUUGCUUUCAGUAGGACUGAAUGGAAGGCCCCCUCCUGAGUGUCAUGAUCUACCAGAAGCACGAGCCUCUCCUCCCACCUCCGUGGUGGGUCUAUGAUCCUCUGAAUGACUGCUGCUUUUAGAAAUAGUUCAGCGCGCCUAUGAUAUCUUGGGCCAAAGGCUCUGGGGGACUGAACUGUUUGAUAAAAUAGUCAGGGCUGUCAUGAAUGACAUGAGUGCAGUCCCACUUAUAGCAUUUGGCGCUGAGCAAAAAUGUAUCUGUUUGCCCUGGCCCUUUCCAGGUCAUAAGAUUUUAUUCUGUUGGAUGAUCCAUAGCCGGCCCUGCCGUUCUAACAGUUCUCCAGGCUCCUUGUUAUCUUAGUUGCCUUCAUUAACCUUUUGGGCCAGAGGGCACUUUCGGAAACUUUAAGAAAUGGUCAUAGGUGGUACAAAAUACCCACUUCACCAGAGAAAAAAACUAGUGGUGCUCAGAACCUCCUGUUUCCCCCAAACAGAGAAAACACUUCUACACACUCCCAAAUGAAUAAAACAGACACAAUCAGACAAGCCCCCCACUACCACCAAAAAAUAAAAAGGGGGAAAAGCAAGUAAAAAAAUUGAACAUUUAGUUUGGUUUGGUUUUGAAUGGAAGGCCUUGGUGGUCCCCAGGGGUAGGGUGUCUGAGGCCCCUUUUGUGUCCCUUUGUUGUAUGAUGACUUUUGAUUGUUUGAACUUCUUUUUAUAAUAGCUAGUCUUUUAUAAUGGUGCACUGAACCCCACCCUGGAAUCUAUUAAUUAAGGGCGGGACAGAAGCCUCCUAAAUAAUUGAAAUUAAUGUAAAUAUUCUGCUUGAAUGGAUACAGAAGAUGUAGCAAAGCCUCUGAGUGCCCUUGGGACUGGAGGGUUGGAGUGGGGUGGGGGCACAACUCCUUCUUUGCCCCUCCAGCUGCAAUAGAAACCGCCUUUCUGAAGCUUCUUGUUUGCACCUCAGGGGAACCCCCUCCCCCCCUUGGCACCAGCCACCCCUUUAAAUUCUGCCACCUGCUUCCAAGCGGCAGCCGCUUUCCAGUUUUCUCCAGGACUUAAAUGUCACACACACACACACACACACACACACACACAGCUGCACCCCCCUUGUAUCUGUGUGGCGUCAAAGGCAGCUGCUUGUCAUUCCAGGCAUAAUUGCUCUGGCUCCCUUUCUAUCUUUAGGAAAGCUAUGCAGUGAAACAGGAACUACCACGGGACAAGAGGAAAUUAACUCUGGCUUUGCUGAGGAAAACCCCAAACAACAACAAAAACCAGUGGCCACCGGGGAGGGAGGUGUCACCUAGUCUGUCUCUAAAAGGCAGCUAUUAGCAGGCUGCACUUUCCACACACUCACUUUCUCCGUCAGAGGGCACAAAUCUGUUGUUGCUUGGAGCCGGUGCUUGAAGUGAACACAGCAGGUGGGAGGGUGUGUGCAGAUGACAUGGCAGGCCACUUUAGGAGUGUGUGUGUGUGUGUGUGUGUGUGUGCAUUACAGCUGCUAUCAUGGACUGGCUGGGUGCAGAGGAGCGAUGGGGGGCACCAGCUGGGGAACCCCCAAGGGAAGAAGGCCCAGGGAGGGGUGGUGGGAUGACAACGAGUGAUCAGAGGGAGCAGAUUGGGAGGAGGAGGUGUCAGAAGCUGGAGAGGUAACAUGGUUUAGUGAACAGGUAGAGGCUGUGGCAGAGGGCAGUCCAGAAUCAGAGGCAGAAGUGGAGGGUAGAGAGGUGGCGGGGGUCAAGAGGCAGAGAUGAAGCAGGCUGCUGAAGAAGUCAGGGGGGUCUCCCCUUCCUGCUGAGACCAGCUCCUCGUCCCCCUAGUCUUCUUGAACCCUAAAAGGUAUGAAGAGGAAGGAGCAAAGAGAGAUAAGACAAAAGAGUCUCCAAUUGCUUUGGAAGGACCCAAAGGAUGUGUAGACUUGGGCAACUGCAUCAUAGCAGCAAGUUCUAUCAGGGCGAGUUGCUGUGCUCACUAAGCCUGGCCUCCUGAGUCGAACUCAUUUCCUUGAAUAAAGAGUUAACCUCAUUGAUGCUGUGUGAUUUAUUGUUGACCUGCUCCUGACACCUUGCUCCUGACAGCUGCAGUGACAAGCUCAUGCCCUCCAACAGCCCUCAUUGACCAGGGAAUGCUCAGGAAGGCAGGGCCCCACUCUGUUCCUUUUAGGAAUACCUUAAGCUGGGCUGGUUUUCCUUACACCAGAGCUUUCCAAACUUCUCAUGUUGGUGACACAAUCUUUAGACAUGCAUCAUUUCGUGACACUAGCAAACCAGAGGUUAAGCUAACCCCUUUCCAGACCCGGGAGGAGGGUGAGGAGUGUUUGUGCGACCUACACACUGCAGCCGACACACUAAUGUGUCACACACACACACACAGUUUGGAAAGUUCUGCCUUACAUGGUGCUCCACAGCUUCAUCUUUGAGUAUUAGUUUAUUACUACCAGCUUAGUAGUUUAGUGGCAUAUUCUCCUUCAGAAGCCAGAGCAAGGCAGGCUGUGACACUGUAGCUGAACGUCUAAAUAGCUUGGGCUGCCAACUUUUCAAGUGACUUCUGCAGCUGUGCUCUGCAGCUCCCUCUGUGUGCACGCAUGAUGCUGAACAUUUAUUUUUAUUCUGCUUGUACUAAGAGCAGGAUACAGCAAAUUCAUGCCAUCACACAAUAGAACCAUUAAGCACAAGUACCACUUAAAGCCAAUUUCGUUGAUCUAUGUGCUUUGCUGUUAAAGGCACAGCUGCAAGGGCUGGUUAAAAAGUUGGCAACCUCAUGUGCAGGAGGCUGAGAUGAACAUUUUCCCAGUUUGUAAUAGUAGAAAGACUGGGAAUAAAGGUGUGACCUGGUGUAUUCUUGUUUUGAGUGAUUUUUUCCUGUAUCUGUUUGCUGAUAGUCUGGAGUUCUUCCCUCCUUAUUCGUAAAAGUGUUGUUUAGAGUAUAGGAUGUUAAUCAUUGUUUUAUUGAUUUCUAGAGAGUCAAUUUCCCUUCUUUUUUGUUCAUGAGUUUAAGGAGUUUUUUGGCUCCUGUUUGUUUAUAGUGUAUAGAGAGUCAUAAUUUAUUGUGCUAAUUUACCAAUUUUUGAGGAGGUUUGUUUUUUAAGGGAUGCUCUCUCCUUGAUGAAGGCUCCUCUGGUGACUGCUUUCAUUGUGUCCCAGGGGAGGGGGGUUGUUAUGUUGCCCACAUCAUUGUCCUUAAAUUAGUUUUGGAGAGUUUUCAAGAGACACUUUCUAGCUAGUUGGUUGUGAUUAGGAUGGGGCUGAAGGACCAUGAUAGGGCAGUUUCUGUUUCCUCUCCUAUUUUGAGGGUAACUUCUACUGGGGCAUGGUCUGUGAUUUUAAUGUUACUAAUGUUUGCUGUUUCUACCAGGGGGAUCAGGCCUUGUGUGAGCAGAAUACUGUCCAGUCUGGAUAUUGUGCUGUGGCAUCUAGACUGAAAUGUGUGGCUGGUGUCUCCUGGGUUCUUUUCUUCCCAGAUACCAUAAAGGCCUCCAUUUCUUAGCAUUUUCAGUAGUUUGUAAGAGUCUCUAGUUGUCCCUCUGAGGAAGGUUGCCCAGGGGGUUGUAGGAUGCAUGUCUUCAGGGAGGUGCCUCUCAUAUUUAGAUUGAGGUCACCUCCUAGGGUUGCUUUCCCUUUGGAGAAGGAAAGGAGAUUGUUUAGUGUCUUCUUGUUUGGAGCAUAUAUGAAGCCAAUUGUCAAUUUAGUUUGCCAUCUAGUAUCCCUUUGGCGAAAACGAAUCUGCCUCUUUUGUCUUUUUGCACCAUUGUGGCUUUAAAAUGUAGGUCUCUACUGAGUACUAUGGCUACUCCGUUCGCCUUUCCUGAGCCAGGUACCACCCAUUGUUGACUGAAGCGGGGUUCGCUCAGGAGUUUGCUUCCUUUGGGCGGGUUGUGUAUUUCCUGUAGGAAGGCAAUGUGUGUUUUCAUCGUGUUUAUGUACGAGGUGAUGUGUUUUCUUUUGAUAGGGCUUCUCAACCCCCUCACAUUUAGUGUAAUUGCUUUUAAGCUAGCCAUCUUACUUAUCUAUCUUAUAGGAUGAUUCCCUGCCAACCUGUCUGGGUUGCCCUGUGUCUCUCACCUUGUAUUAUCUAUCGAACCUAGUGUGUUGUGCUGACAUAUAAUGUGGUGGGUGGGGGAAGGGGGGUUAGAGUUAGAGAUGGGCUGAAGAUUGGGGGGGUAGGUUAUAGAGGGUCGCCUAUAUGUAGUUCUUCAAGUUCAAGUUUAUUGCGGCCAAAGCCAGUGACACUAGACACCAUAAGAUCAGACAACAAAAAAUCAACAACAGCUUCAGAAAAGAAAAAAGGUUACACAAGAGAACUUCACAGUGUGCCAUUCAACAGAAGAGAUUUACGCUUCUUAAUUACUAAAGUGCAAAAUUUAGCCACCUCAUAUGAUACUGAGCUUGAGGAAUCUUCCAGGAGGUAUUUUCGAAGACUUUCAGGGAGGAUUCCAAAUAAUAUUGAAGGGGUAUAAAUUUUGAUAGAAGCGGUAAAAUAAGUUGAACUCGUUCUUCACUAUAGAAUUCGCAAGAUAGAAGAAUGUGUGUGACAGAUUCUACCUUAUUAGACAUACAAGGGCAGAGACGCGCAUGCAUUGGAACUCGCGUGAAUUUGCCGUACAGCACUGCUGAGGGCAUUGUCUCAAAGCGGGCUCUAGAAAAAGCCCAUCUAUAGGUUUCGUUAGUGAUGUUAGUUAAGUAAGGGGCAGCUGCAAAAUUAGGCCAAGCUUUUAAACAUCUAUACGUCUCUGGGAGUAGGGCGCCUUCUUGUUGUAAUUCGAUAUCAUAAAGUCUCCGAGUGAUAGUAGCUUUUGCCUUGUUCAGAGUUCCAAUAAAAAUAUUUUCAGGGUUUAGGCCAAUUUGUUUGAUCUUGUUAGUUAUUUGCAUAAGCCAAGGAGGAUAGGGAACUGCGGCCAGGAAGCAAGGUAAUAGACCCUUAGGAUUGUAAUGAAUUUUCAGCCAGAGGGAUAUUGCUUGUUCCCAUACUUUUAAUUCCACUCUAUAACCUAUAUGUAGUUCUAUAGGUGGUUGUUUGGAGUAGCUUGGACCAUUUGGCUCCCAGCCGGUUGGUCCUGUGUCUCAGCUAGCAUGGAGGGCCUUUUUUGAGAACAGGUCGUCCCCCCUUUCACUUGCGAUAGGGGUCGGUCAGUGAGACGGUGUCAAGCGCCUUUGUGGCACUUGUGUUGGAUACAAGGUUUAUAAACAAUGUUGUCAGUAUCAUUAAUAGCAUUGUUGGUUUGUUGAGGUAUUAGGUAGGGAUGUGAGUAUUGGCAUGCUCUGGCACCACCAUUAUGUUAGUUAUUUGUCGGAUUUUCGCCUGUUUGCUGGUUGUUGUAUUGGGGUGGGGGUUGUUGUUUUAGUUCAUGGGUAGGCAAACUAAGGCCCGGGGGCCGGAUCCAGCCCAAUUGCCUUCUAAAUCCAGCCCACGGACGGUCUGGGAAUCAGCAUGUUUUUACAUGAGUUUCUCAGGGAAAUUGCGGAAGCGGAUGUUGCAGCGUCUGCUGCAGUCUUCUAGGCCUGCUAGUUUGAUUCUCACUUCCAUGCUUUCUCUUUCUUGGCGGUUGUCCGUAUCAGCUAAUUUGUUUUUCAGACAUGUGUUUUCCUCUCAGAGUUGCUCUAUUUCUUUUAGUUGAAUCUGGUUUUCUUUUUCCAGAGUGGAGAUGGUGCCAGUGAGGGUUUCCACUUUGGAGGUCAGGUCGCUGAUUAUUGUCUUCAGGGGAGUCACUGUUGUCUUCAAUAGUUCUGCUAUUCUCAGUUCCAUUUCCCUCAGGUUCCUUUUUGUUGUUGGGCAGUUGUCAUCAUGGGGGAUGUUGUGAUCUCUUUGUCGUUCACCAUCUCCUUGGUUGGUGCCAUCUCAAUUGUCUUGGUGGCCUAGUCUGUGUUUUUUUGAAGUGGGGGGAUGUUGUGGUUCGGUGUUUUGGUGUGGUGGUUCUUGGGUGUUGUGGAAUUAGAGAGUUGUACAGGCAUUGUUGAUUGGUGGCUUUCUUCAGAGCGUUGGGGUUAGGCGGCCAUUUUUGUUGUAUCUGGGCUGUGGCUGGGUCACCGUAGUUGUAUCAGCUCUGUGGUAUUAGCCCCUUCUCAUGCUAAUUAGCCAUAAUAUGCAUUUAUUAGCCUGCUUGCUUCUGUUUGGUCUUGUCCCAGUUAGAGUUCAGCCAGUAGCCCAGUUUGACUGUGCUCUGUCUCCAGGACUAGGAGGGAAAGCAGUGAAGAUGAGCAGGGCAGUUUUCUAGUGUGUGAGUGAGUAACCAGAAUAUUUAUUUGCUUGCCCCUUGGGCAUUUUGCUGAGAUCACCAGUGAAAGAUCACCAGCAAGAAAUAAAGAUUACAUUGCAGAUGGUGAGUGCCUGGUAGUUGCCUUUUUUGAUCACUAAAUGGAGGUUGGUGAGUCCCCCCCCCCCCAGCUUGUGGUGGAGCAGCUGAACAUGCCCUUUGUCCAUUUAACUGCAAGCGAAGAGGGAGGAGGGCCCACGAGAGGAGUGUAAGAAAAUUCCCAAAGUUCCUGCCUUGCGCAUAAUAUUUUAUCAGCUUCCAAGCUGAGAAUAAUUUGACAAGUUCUUUAAGGACUGACCUGCAAAUGCACACACUCCCUCCUUCCCUCUCGUCUCUUCACUUUGAGCAGCUGCUUCUGAAAGUCAUUAAACCAGGAUGCUGUUUGGUGUCAGGGGAAUCUUCCAGGCAGCUCCAGUCUUUCCUCUGUCCUGCUGUGAUUUGGGGGCUUCUGCAAAGGUGAGGACCAAAGCAGGACCACGUACUUCACAACAGGGAUGAUGCUGUCAUCUUCUUAGGCACUGUUUGUUGAUCCUGCGCAUGCCAAAGAAAUAAGCAUGUUCUCUGAGAGAAGCCCAACAAAUCAGCUGAGUUGGGUAUGUGGGUGUCUCAAACUUUCUCCCACAGGAUAGAGAUGAACUUACUGUGCCUUCCUUUACUUGUAGAAGUCUGUUAAACUAUAAAAUAGCUUAGUCUUCACCCUCACACAUCCAUACAUUACUUGUUUAUGAUUUAUUGUUAAUGUUUGUUUCUUUUUAUGAUUCGUAUAGUCCAAUAAAUUCCAAGAUGAAAAACUAGAAAAGUUGUACAUGCAUACACACAUAUAUAGAUACAUAUAAAAAUGGACAGAAAUAAAAAGUGAUAAUAAAGUUAUCUACACUUACACUGAUGCAAAAUGUCAAAUUAAUGCUGAUUUACACUCAUAUGCAAAAGGAAAUGCAAAAAAUUAAUUAAACACAUAAAAAAAUGAUAGCCGAGACUUAGGCCCUGUCAGCACUAUACAUUUAAAGUAGUAUCAUCCACUUUGAACAGUUAUGGCUUCUCUCAAAGAAUUGUGGUUUGCUAAGGGUGCUGAGAGUUGUUAAGGAGACCUCUGUUUGCUUUGCAGAGCUACAGUUCUCAAAAUGGUUUAACAACCAGUCUCUCUUCCCCAGGAACUCUCAGAAUUGUAUGUCCUAACUGCUCUUAGCACCCUUAACAAACUACAGUUCCCAGGAAUCUUUGUGGGAAGCCGGAAGUGUUUAAAGUGGUAUGAUACUACUGUACAUUAAAUGUACAGUAUAUGGAUGUACAUUAAAUGUACAGUGUAUAUGGAUGAAUGUUUUUCUGAGUCCUGUUACACUUGGAAGCAGGACUAAGCAGCUGCACUAGCUAGACUGAGAAGUUGUGGUCUGUCCCAGAAGCGCCUCGUGAGGGAUAAUAGGUGAGUGGGGAUUUGAACAUGCACUUCCCACACUGAAGUCCAACAUUUCAGCUGCUGCACAAACAAAUGUGGGGAUCAAAUUCCUGUCUCAUCCUUAAACAAAAUUGAAGAUACGGAAGGGAACAAAAUUGCUGCAAGUUCCAAAGUCCUAUGGAAGCACCUUAUCAAACACAGAAAUUCUUGGAACCGUCUGUUGCAGUUGUAAUAUUACCAUACUAAAACCUCUCAAGUAUUCUGGCUUCAUCCAUAGACUGAGGAAUAGGCUAAGCCAGGUGUGUUGGUUUCAGGUGGAGCUGCUCUGCCACAUUCUCCAGCCAGCUGGGAGAUGUGGGUGAUACUUCGAAGCUGUGCCCCUAGUUGACAAUUUGGCAUCAAAUGACGAUUUCAGAUUCACACCAAACACCAAGCCUACCUCAAUCUUAAAAACAAAUCUUAGAUUUUGUUUCCCAUAACCCUUUGCCAUGCUGGGAAGCUAAAGAAGAACUUUAUUGUCUCCAAGAAGAACAGCACAGUACUGAAAACCCGACUCCACCCAGAUACACUUAGGUCCACUGCCACCUAGUGCCUAAACCAUAUAAUGACAUUAUCCACACAAUCUGAAUUGAUGUAAGGAAACUUAAUGAGUUCCUAAAGCUGGAGAAUGGAGGUCCCCAGGGAAGAACCUCAGUGGAAGAUCUUGGCAAUUGGACACAUUUGUAUGGGAUCAGACAAUUCUUUAAAUACCCGGAUCCCAAAAUGUAUAGGCAGAUCCUUCGCCUGGUCCAUAAUCCCCCAGCGCUCGAUGAAAUGGUCUGGAAUGACACUGCAGAUUAUAACCCAUCUUUGUGUGUAGAUCAGGCUAGCAAUCACAGAACUAAAAUUAGUGGUUGAGGGUCCGUACCGCAAUCCUAAGGCAUUCCAGGCCAUGUGAAGGUCAAGUGUGAGCCUUAUCUCUGGAUUUCUGGGCUUUUAUGGACGUGUGAGAGACUUUAGACCUGACUUUGGCUGUGGUCUCUCUGUUAAUUAUAUAAUACUCUUAGUAUUACAUUGGGAAAUAUGGCAUUUAAUUGCAGGAUAUGCCACAUAAUGUAUGCCCUCUGCAUACAUAUACUGUAAUUACUAUACUUGUAAUGUGUUUAAUGACAGAGGGAAAGUUUAUAGCUCAGAGCUUCUGCUGUGUAAACAAAACCCUGUAAUUUUAAUCAGUCUGGAAUUCUGAAUGGGAUUCUGAUGAGAGGUGCCCUAGGGAGGAUUUUCUGCAUCCUGAAUGGUACAGCCCCUGCUGGCACUAGGUGACAGGAGGAGGACAAAAAAACCGUUCCCUGAACUUGGAGAAAGCUGUCCUCAGGCUGCUUCAUCUUCUUGAUGAGGAGAUUUUCUACCUGCAGAUCUGAAUAUGUGGAUUAUUCCAAACAACAUGUAGAAUGUCUGCCUGUGAGUCGAGUUACGGAUGCAAAAGGAGGAAACCCUUCAUAUUUUGCUGCAUCCAUUCACCUGAAACUGUCACAGAAUUGCUUCUGUGGUGCAACCUCACAGGAUUGCUGUGAGAAUUUUUUUAAAAAGGAAAAAAGGUAGGACGAAGAACCACACAUACCACUGUGAGCUGUCGGGAGCAAAGAUGGGAUAUAAAUGCAUAAUAAAUAAAUAACAAUCAAUCAAUCAAUCAAUCAAUCAAUCAAUUAAGCACAGUUAUAUCUUUCUUCAAAUUCUUUCUCCCAGCUGGCCUCUUCCCAGUAGUGGAGUGGUAAAUUAUUGUUGUGACAGCCCCACCCCCACCCUGGUACUUACACCCACAGUGUCCCAUAAUGCAGGAAGCUGUGUUGACCAGUCCCCUAACUGUCUCUAGGUCAAGUAUCUUCCACCUUUUUUUCAGAGCCGGGACCUGCUUUUGACCCAAACAUCCAUUUUAAUGUAUUUUUAAUCUUUGUUGGAAGCCGCCCAGAGUGGCUGGGGAAACCCGGCCAGAUCGGCAGGGUUCAAAUAAAUUAUUAUUAUUAUUAUUAUUAUUAUUAGACCCAUUUUGUAAUCUUUUACCACAUAUUAAUGUGAUAGUAAUGCUCCUGUUGCGACCCACCUUGCACCAGGCCACAGGCCUACUUGUGGGUCCCCACACCCUACCACCACCAGUUGAAGGCUAGUGCGCUGGAUCAUAAACAGUAGUAAAGCGGUAGUAAAGUUUGGAAGCCUCCUUAUUUCCUUCUCAGAGCAGGUGGAGCUCAUUGACUGCCCUGCUGCUGCUCCUCCUCCGGCACACAGUGCCAUGACUCUUUCACAGAGCUGUCCUGUCCUGCAUUCUCCCUCCAUGGUACCUGCUACACCUUUCACAAAGCCUUUGGCUUCAAACCCGUGUCCCCAACCUCAAGUGAGACAAAAUCUAAGGACACAUAUCUCCGCUGCAUCUAUGCCCCAUUGCAGUUUUCUUCCCCACUGUGAACAUUUAGAUUGUAAGAUCAUCUGGGCCCCUCUGUUUUGCUUAUGUUACUCUCCAAUGCAACAUUCUUUUUCCCCCUUUUUAAUUUUAAUUUUAUUUUAUUUGCUCAACACAUAACAAAAAGGACAAAAUAAACCAUCAGUCGCGCCUUACAUAGAGAAUUAAUAUAAAUUUCAUAAUCCAUAUACUGUAAUGGCCUCUUCUUUUUAAACCUGACUUCCCAUCUACUACAUAAAUCAAAUUACCGUUCUUUGUUGCCAAUACAUGUUAUUACUGUCAUCUCAAAUCAAUUCAAAAUAUGUUACGUCAUAUAACUAGUGAACGAUAUUGCUGGAAUUAUUCAAAUGCCGCUAUGGAUUUUAAGUCAUUAUUAUUAAUUUUCAAAUAUAUUUUAAAUACUUCCCAUUUUGAAAUGAAUUCUUUCCUUGGUUUGUUUUAUUGCAUUGCCACCAUACAUAAUAAAAGGAUCCUUGUUGUACUCCACAUCUUCCGCAGUUACUUUUUACUCCUUUAUACAUUUUGGCUAGUUUCUGAGGUGUUAGAUACCAUUGCUGUUGCAUUUUUAGGAAGUUCUCCCUGAUGGUGUAACACGUAGUAAAUUUCCAAUUCUUCUUCCAGAGAUUUUCCCGUUGGGACAUUGAUAUAACUUAUCCAAAGUCUUGUGACCACUUUAUCAUUGAUGCAGUGACCUCCUCCUCCUUGACUUCCCAGUCAAGGAGGAGUCGGUAUCUCUCCAGUGCAACAUUCAAUGUGUUUUGUGCUCUAUAAAUGCAAAAUAAUAAUCGGCCUUCCCCAAGCUGGGUCUGAUGGGAGGUGUAGUCCAAAACAUUUGGAGGGCGCCAGUUUUGGGAAAGUCUGCUGUAAAGCAUCAUGUGAAUUAGGCCUCUUUUUCUCGCCUGUCUUGGGUUUAUUGCCUGGAAAUCGUGAGAAGGCUUAGUACAGCAGUCAUCUCUCUCUCUCCCCUCCAACACCUGCUCUGCAUUCAAAUCAUACCUUGUGUUGAGCGUACAAGAGGAAGACAGGAAGCGGCAAAGUGAUCUCAUCCACACUGUACUUUAUGUGGAAUUCUCUGCUUCCUUCCUCUGCUAACUAAUUACUUCAUACCUGGAUCUGAGGGGGGCUUCCAUCACACUAAAAUACUAGAGGAUGCAGAGCUUGUUUCCUUUUUCUGAGCUAUGGAGGAAAUACUAAAAUUGGUGGUUGAAGAAUAACCUGGAAAUGCAGCAGCUGCAGUCAGGUCAGGUCAGGCCAGCUGACAUUUCAGAAUAGUCUCAAGUUGUAAAAGUUUGUAGAGUGCUAAAACAUUUAAAUAAAGGCAUUUGACUGGGGGUGGGUGGGAUAAUCCCUCCUGUAACUUUUAAGGUUUUUUUAAAAAUGUGUUUGUAGACUUCAUAACUCUGCAAUCAGUAAAAAAAAAAAAAAAAUGUAUUAGGAGGUCUCCCCCUCCCACCAUAUCAGGAUUUCAUAAAAUUUUUUCAUUUGUGAAGGUUUUAUAAAUUUCUAUAUAGUGUAAUAAAUAACGCAAACAUAAUAGCAAAAACUAGCCAGAAUUGCAUGAAUUUGACCAAACUGCAGGAGACAGUGGAAGACAGGAGGGCCUGGUGUGCUCUGGUCCAUGGGGUCAUGAAGAGUCGGACAUGACUAAACGACUAAACAACAACAACAAGCCAGAAUUGUAUAGCAAAUCUGGACAGUUUACAAGUUAAUACUUUAAAAGCCUGGGAGAUUUAUUUAUUAAUAAAUAAAUAAAUAAAUAAAUAAGUUUGCCUGGCGCCAAAAGGGUACAUUAACCCAAGGCUAACUUCUCGGAGCCCUGAAACUCUGAGCUAAGAACACCCUUUUUAUGCUCAGAUUUCUUUUUAUAGACAAACCAAAUAAGCAUUAUUCGAAAGCAGACUCAAAGCUUUAAAUCUUUUCCUGGUGCUUUGUUUUGGGUGCUCUGCCUCCAAGCUCAGAGGCAGUGAUGCUUGAAUACCAGUUGCUGGGAACCACAGGAGGGGAGAGGGCUCUUGUGUUCAGGUCCUGCUUCCGGGUUUCCCACUGGGACAUCUGCUUGGCUGCUGUGAGAACGGGAUGCUGAACUAGUUGGGCCAUUGCCUCAUCCAGCAAGGCUCUUGUUACAUUCUUAUGUCAAGUUAUCUCCCACUUGGACCAUUGCAAUGCGCUCUACCUGGGGCUACCUUUGAAGGUGACCCGGAAAACUAAUCCAGAAUGCGGCAGCUAGACUGGUGACUGGGAGCGGCCGCCGAGACCACAUAACACCGGUCUUGAAAGACCUACAUUGGCUCCCAGUACAUUUCCGAGCACAAGUCAAAGUGUUGGUGCUGACCUUUAAAGCCCUAAACGACCUCGGCCCUGUAUACCUGAAGGAGCGCCUCCACCUCCAUCGUUCUGUCCGGACACUGAGGUCUAGCGCUGAGGGCCUUCUGGCGGUUCCCUCACUGUGAGAAGCCAAGUUACAGGGAACCAGGCAGAGGGCCUUCUCAGUAGUGGCACCCACCCUGUGGAACGCCCUCCUACCAGAUGUCAAAGAGAAGAACAACUACCAGACUUUUAGAAGACAUCUGAAGGCAGCCCUCUUUAGGGAAGCUUUUAAUGUUUAACAGACUACUGUAUUUUAAUACUUUGUUGGAAGCCGCCCAGAGUGGGUUGGGUAUAAAUAAUAUAUUAUUAUUAUUAUUAUUAUUAUUAUUAUUAUUAGGGUUCUGUUGACAUUUUAAUGCAUAUUAGCUUGGCAUCCAACGAUCUUCGUUGUGUCUGUAGCCAGAAGUGGGGCUACUCCAGGAAUUUGAACCCGUCUCCUGCACCCACUCCUGACUUCCCAAAGGAUCGCCAGUUUCCCUGGUGUGGGAGAAUUGCCUUCAGCUCCUCUUUCUUCUUUGCAGCGGCCAGUUUGCUAUAGUGAAGAAAUGCCGGGAGAAGGUCACGGGGGUGGAAUACGCCGCCAAAUUUAUCAAGAAACGACAGAGCCGUGCCAGCCGCCGUGGAGUCCGGCGAGAGGAGAUCGAAAGGGAGGUCAACAUCCUGCAGCAGAUCCUUCACGCCAAUAUAAUCAAGCUGCAUGACGUGUAUGAGAACAAGACUGAUGUGGUCCUUAUCCUCGAGCUGUGAGUAGGAGAGGCUGCGUAUGUGCCGAGAUGCACAGGAAUGCACUUUUAAAACAAAUGAAUAGAUAAAGUUUCUAGUUCUUAAAAUAAGCUAGAAUAUGCACAAGCAAUAUCUGUUGAAAUAUCGGAAGCCCACUGGGAAGCUGAAUAAAGUAUUGUGGGUUUCACCAUGAAGAGUAAAACCAGACUAAAUUAUGCUUAAUAAGAGAGAGAAUAUAUGCAAAUUAUUUGAAUAAUUGCAAAGCAAUACAGUCAGCUCCGUCUAUUCCUUUGUUUAUGUGCAAAAUUUGAGCCCAUCAAGUGCAGAAUUCCAGGCCCUCUAGCCCUUAAAACCACAAUUGGGACUGGACUCUUCUGUUCUUGUUUUCCCCCCUAGCAGUCUAAGAUUCUUGGGAUUUUCCAUAGAAAACUGUGUUGGUGCUGAGGGCCACCUUGUGGAGAACUUGUGAGCAACAUGUUAGCUGUCCAUCAGAAUUUCAAGGUUCAGUGACCAGCUUUGGUGGCACGUUGGAUUUUGAAUAAGUGCAAAGGCAAAGUUCAUAUAUAUCGGUGUUGGUGUGUGGAUGAGUCUCAUACACACCUCAUUCCUGGCUCAUUGUUCAGGGCAGUAAACUGCUUCGUUAUAUGCAUUAUAUCCAGGUUUGUGGACCACAGGAGCUAUAGAAACAGUUUGUUCAUCUAUUCUAAACCAAGAAUUGAGCUGCAAUAGGAAACACUUGCAGCAUAAGACAUAAACCAAAUUGGAUUUUAAGAAAGUUAGAUCCUUAAAGGAACAAACUUAUAAUUGGCAAGGUGCCAAUUUAGGGUGGAGGGGCAGCAGUCUUGAUAGCAUCCUCAGGUCCAUCCCAGUUGCCCUUUCUGUGCAGUAAUUGGUUUGAGGAUUUUAUUAUGCUGCUGAUGCCAUUGACCGUUCAUUUCCAGAAAGGUCCCAUAUGGGAUAGAAGGUGAGGAUUAUAAAUUAUCUUAAAAAUAAAUGCAUAAGUGAUAUGCAUAUGUAAUAUAUCAAAAUAUAUUUAACUAUGGGACAAAGCAACAAAAAAAAGAAGAGUGUUGUAAAUCUUCCCCCCAGCCUUAUCCACAAAGGGGAGCUGUUGGCUCCCCAGGGUUGCAUCCAGACUGUCAGUAAUUUGUGAGAGGGAUUCAAGAGCCUACCAGAAUGUUAGGAUUGUACAUUUAAAGCAUAUUAAAAUGCAGCAUUGCCCUAGGGCAACAAAUUUUUUUUUAUGGACUUUUUGCAGUUUGGAAAGUGAUGGGCAAAUGCAUUUAAAAAUGUGGGGUGAAUGAAUGAUUAACCAGAUUAUUUAUAAACACUCAGCAAGUAAAUCAGUAAGAAUGCAGGAUUAGUGCUCAUUAUCAUAUAAUCACUUCUUAAACAAAUUGGAACAAAUGCUCAAUAAAGACCAGAGACUUUGCAAAAUAAAAACAAAGAUUGGAUACAGUCUAACCACCUCAUAAGCUUUGUGCAAAGAAUUCAGGAUGAAUGCUCUAUUCAACAAACAGCAGUAGUAAUUUGUUAGAAACAUCCAUUAGACUAAUCCAGGGAACCGGAAGCAAAAUAGUACGAUGAAUCUGCAUCCUUUUGCUGUUAAUGCAGCUAUCACAAUACUUUCUUGUUGGCUUUGUAGUGUGUCUGGAGGAGAACUUUUUGAUUUCCUAGCCCAGAAGGAGUCGCUGAGUGAAGAGGAAGCCACACAGUUCAUUAAGCAGAUCCUAGAUGGUGUCAGCUACUUACACGACAAGAAAAUAGCCCAUUUUGAUUUAAAGGUAAGCAGGGAAGUCAGGCAGAAUGGGCUUGGCAGCCACUGAUGCCAACUCUAGGGGGCCCUGGGGGACCGGGCACCCACAAAAAUUUUGUUGUGGAUGCUUGCCACCCACACCACAGGGCCUUGGACAGGACUUCCAGGAUUCCCAGGUACCUCUGCAACACAUGUGACAUAAUGUGAUGUCAUGAUGUCACAGCACACCGUGAUAUCAUGACGUCACAUUACGUCGCAUGUGCCUCUGGACACCCAUAAUCUGGGGCCCAAAUUGGCUACCCUGUUGGCAGCUGACUGUAGACCAGCUUUCAGCAGCCUGGUGCCCUCCAUAUUUUGGGGGCUACAACUCCCAGUCAGCCCUCAGCCUUUUUUAGCUUUGCUGGCUGAGACAGGUGGGAGUUGCAGUUCAAAACAUUUGGAGGGCACCCGGUUGGGAAAGGAAAGGCUGGGGUGUGGUUUAAACAUGCUUGGUUUUCAUGGCUCCUGUGCCAUGUGGACGUGUAAGCCUUUGCAACCUUCUGGGGAAAGGGCAAGUAAGAAAUUCUAUAAACAAAUAAACCAGAGCUCAGCUGAUUUGUAUACACUGGAACUGUGCUCACUGUCAAAGCAAGCACAGCCUGUAAUCUAAUCUCAAAAUCUGAGUUCCUCCCACCCUUUGCUGUGCUGUGAAUGGUGGAAGAUUCCUCUUUGGGGACUGGCCUGCCCCUUGUGUAGCAACCCUCCACCCUGUAAACUGAACUAGGAAAAGAACAAAGGUAGCAAAUGUGAUUUGCUUCUGUCUCACCUCUGGCAUUUUCCUCACCUGGACCUUGCAGUGCCUUUGCAUUUCAGGAAGAGAAAAGUCAGGUUAAAUGGCAGGGAGGGAGGGAAUCUUGAUUGCAUCUCUCAGAGUAAGAAGUAAGAAGGGGCGUGUGAAUAGGGUAACUCUGCAUGCGCGCACACACAAUGCUCCACUGCAGUUUCCACCACUGUGCACCCAGGUUUCCCUCUGUGAUUCAGUAUCUCUGACUGAGCAUGUAGAAUCUUUUCACAGAGGUUCAGAGUCUGUAACUCACCUCCUCAAGAGGAGAAUCAGGGGGCUUGAUUUAUCCAACACUUUUAUCCAGGUUAAAUGAGCUUUUUGUUUACAGCUUUGGACUGAGGCUCAAAGCUCUCCCCACCCUUUUCUGUUUUUAAAGGAGAAAGGAACCACCAGUACCUCCGUUAGGGAAUGUAGGACUGGGAAUUUUUCAUGAAUGAAAGUGGUGGCAGUUGUUUCAGACUGGAAAAGCAAGUGGGGUACUUGAUCAAAAAGAGUGAUGGGGAAUGGUUUUGCACGUACUAGAAAAUGAAACAAACAAACCCCCAAGUCUUAAGCAUUCAAGAGAGAGGCCUGUAACAUGAGUAACAUAACUACCAAUUGGGAAAAGAUCAUUAAGAACAUUAAGCUGCCUAUUAGCCGCUGGUUGGGCUGUUUGCCCAUCUACCCCAAUUGGCAAGGGGUUUUCCAUGCUUGUCUCAGGCAGAGAAGGGUCUUCUCCAUCUCUGGGGAACCGAGCCUUUAUUAACUGGAGAUGCUGCCAGAGAUGGAGCCUGGGACCUUCUGUAUACAAAACAGGUGUCCUGUCUCUAAGCUCCUUUUAUGAAACUCUGCAGCUGCCAGAUUUUGUAUUGCCAUUGUCUUGUGCAGUUGAAGGGGAAAGCGUAAACUGAAAUUACGACAGCUGUCAAAAUAUAAAUCUCUUAAUAUAUGAUGCUGGAGCUGUCAUCUGAGUCCUUUGCUAGAGCUGCAGACCAUGACUCAGCAUGACACAGCAACAUUUGCUUUGGUGCAUAGAAUUGCAUUUUGCAUCUGUUUUAGGGCAAUCAGAGGCGCCCUUUUCUAUAGGCCCACCUGAAUCUAGGUUAGGGGAGGGCUGUAGCUUAGUGGUUUAGCAUCUGUUCUGUAAGCAGAUGGUCACAGGUUGAAUCCCUGGCAUUUCCAGGGUGGGUGUGGGUGGAGUGUUUGUCUGAAAGCAAUCCACACAUCAGUGUAGACAAUACUGAGUCUGAUGGACUCCUGCUUUGACUCAGUAAGAGGCAGAUUAUUAUAUUCCUGUUAAAAAAUAGGGCUGGAUCAAUCCACAAACCUGACUUUAUUAUUUCUUUGUAUGUGUGUCUUCCCUGUUAUCCGAUAAGCCUGAGAAUAUUAUGCUGCUAGAAAAGAAUAUCCCCAUCCCGCACAUAAAACUGAUUGAUUUUGGUCUGGCUCAUGAAAUAGAAGAUGGCGUUGAGUUUAAAAAUAUUUUUGGGACACCAGAAUUUGUGGGUAAGUCUAAGCCAUUUCACUGUUAGUUGUUGAUUGUUUAACCAGUCACUCAAAGUUUAUACUACAGUCUCUGGCAUUCCUUAUGGCUGCCACUUGUUUAGAUUAGCGCGACUGAAAAGUAUGUGUGCUUCAUGGAAACUGGCCUGUGGGGGUCCCUGCACUGGAGGGGUUGAGAUGCUGUGGCCCUCCAGACGCUGGCAGACUACAGUUCCCAUUCUCCCUGCUUAUGGGCUCUGCUGGCUGAGGCUACCCAAGUCCAGCAACACCUGGAAGGCCACACAUUUUCCAUUCCUAGGUUAAGCUUUGCCCCCUUCACAUAGAUCCACCUGCAAGUGUGAAAAUGUUCUCAGAUGUUAUGAAAUGCCAGCAAGCCCUCCCAUGACCUCCUUCCAAAGGAGACCAGCCUUUGGUAUGAGUUAUGCCCUGGGAAUUUAUUGUUGUUUGUGGAGGUGGGGCAUGAGCAGUGGCGCUGAGAGUGCGGGUUGGGAAGGAGGAGGGGAAUUGUGUCCUGGGGGCUCCAGAGGGCGUGUGUGUGUGUGUGUGCGCGCGCGCGUGUGUGCGUGCCUGCCUUCUAGGUUUGUGGUUCUAUACUUGCCUUUAAAAUCUUUGGUGCACCCUCUUGCUCAUUCUUGCUGUUCCUUUCAGCACCAGAAAUAGUGAACUACGAGCCUCUUGGGCUGGCUGCAGAUAUGUGGUAAGGAUUUCCCUCUUUCCAUUCCCUUCCAGUAUAGCAUCACUUCUUGUCUGAUGGUUCAAGAUCAGUGUAUAAAGGCAAGAUACCAUCUGCAAACAUUAUUAUACUGUGUUGCAUAUGACUGCUUUGAACUCCAGUUAUUAUCGGGUCAUUUCUAAUUAGUUCAGCCAGUGGUUCCAAAUAAAAAGGGUGAAAGUGGACAACCUUGUUUUGUUCUCUUAUAGACUGGAAAUUGAUUAGAAUCUCUGACCACUAACUCAAAUAUGGGCUAAAUUGCUAUUAUAAUGCCGAUCAAUAAUGCCUAUAAACCUUGGGUGCCAAAUUCUUGAAAUUUUAAUAAUUCUUUAUGAAAAUCCCAAUUAACUUUAUCAAAAGCUUUGGUUGCGUCAAGCGAAAGAGCCACUGCUGGGGUUUUAUAAGUUGGUAAAUAUUCAAAAGCUUCUUAACUAGUUUGGCCAAGUUCUGUGGAAAAACACCAGCAAUGCCAACACUCUCCUAUAUUAUUAUUAAAAACAACCAAACAUGGUAUAAAAUGUGUUUAUGUGUCAAAGUUAGGUCCCACUGUGGCUUUCUUCUUCCCACUUUCCAUCUGCAUAUGCCAGUAGAUUACACAAUAGUGGGUGUUAAUUUAAAUAUUUCCAUCUUUUUUCUUUUGCUUUGUUUCAGGAGUAUAGGAGUUAUCACUUACAUUCUGUAAGUACUGCACUGGAUUAUAUCUCUGUUUUUGUAUUGCUAUUAUGCCCUGGAGCUCAGUGUGACAUACAUGAUUCCCACCCCACCAUUUUAUCUGCACAAAUUGGCCUCCAGCAAAUUAAAGCAGAAGUCACUCCCAGUUCCUGGAUUUGUUGCAGAGAACGCUAGGUAGAACUUGCUCGAUCUUACCCUUGAUAAGGAGCAGUCCCUCCCUGGAAUCAUUCCUUCUCCUCCACCCCAAGAUCAUAUCCAAGAGCAGGCCAUUGGCAGGGAUUCCAUGGGGCAAGGGGAAGCCCCACUGUUGUUAGCCCAGCACCUCUCUAGUCCCCAGAAUCUGCUUGAGCCACAGCUGCCUUCUUGCCACCUCUGGGCAUGCAGGUGCCUUUCUCCAAAUUCCAGUUCCACAAUGCAGUUGCCAAGGCUGCUUGCUAGGUGGCAGUGCAGUGUCUUCCUAUGCUGAGCUCUGUCUCCCCCCCCCCCCCCGCUCUCCCCAAAAUCAGCACUAGGUUCUUGUGUGCUUUGAACACUUUGAUGCAAGCUGUUGUUACCCUUGUCCUUGGGCUGGAAGUAGAAUUUGUGCAAAGUCACUGUGGGGGAGUCUGCAGAAAGCAAAGAAAGGGGGUCUGUGUUGCUGGAAUGCUCCUCAGUCUCAAUGAAGUUGUGUGUCCCCGGUGUCUAGUCUUUUCCUGCGUGUUCUUUUCCUAUCAUCUCCCAAAUCCCCCCCUCCCACAAAAAAACCUUGCUCAAAUGGAACUAGUGUUGGUUAGUGGUAAGAAAGUCCUCAACUCAAAUCUUGCCUCUGACACAAAGCCCUGAGACCUUAGGUGAACCACUUGUUUGUCUCUCUGCCUCCUUCCCCAACAGCUGCAAUAUGCAGAUACCGAGACUGGCCUACCCUACAAAGCAAAUUACAUAAUCAGAAAAAGUGAUGCACAAAAGCAACUGCAGUAAAAUAGCACAUAAAGUAAAGAAGAAGAAUUAUGAUAGCAUCAUCCACACCAGUUUAUUAUGGACAACUGACCAGAAAUAAGACCAACAAUAUACCAUAAAGUCUUCCAAAAUCUCAAAUGCAGGACAGUUUUUUAAGUGUAACAACAGCUCAGUUCUAUGCAAAAUAGUGGAUAACUUCAGGUAUGCCCCUGGAAAUAAUGUAUUGCAAUACAGAAAGUAAAAUAGACUCCCAUUAAUUACACCGACCAGCACAAAAAUCCUUCCAAAUUAUUGAGAAUGUAUUCAAAGCUCUGUAUUGAUGCAGAGUGAGAAUAUGACUCAGUGGGGAAGGGUUAAGCAUCCCCCUCCUCAGUAAUGAGCAGGUCUCCCUGGUUCCAGAUGAAGCCUCUGUCCACUCUUCCACAUUGACCUCCUUUCCUGUAACAGGGACAUUCCUACAUUAUGGUCAGGAGAUGCUGCCACAAACAUAUUAGGAUGUAGGAAGCAGCCUUAUACUGAGCCAACCCAUUGGUUUCUCUCAGUGUUGUCUACACUGACUGGCAGCAGCUCUCCAGGGUUUCAGGCAGGGGAUGUUCCCAUACCUACCUGGAGAUGUUGUGGGGCCUGAACCUGAGACCUUCUGCAUGCAAAACAGAUGCUCCACCUCUGAGCUAAGGUCCGUCCCUAUAAAUAGCAUUUAAGCUGCACAGCCUAAAUAUGGAAGGUGACUGUUAUAGACCUGGAAGUGGGAGACUGUUUCAGCCCUUGGGACAGGAGCAGCAUUUCCCUGUCUCUUGAUUUCACAACUCAGCAUCCCUCUUCAAAGACAGACAAGAAAGUGCUAUGACACAUUUUAUUUUAAAAAGAAGGUAAGCAAAGGACGUUGCUUACAGUGAAGGGCGUUUGAGAAAGAAGCUGGGCUCCUCUCCAGGGCUAAAUAAAGACUGCUGAGCACCCUCUGGAUUAUUGGCAGGCAGGCCUUCUUUCCUUGCAAACAAGGCCAGCUGCUGAACCUUCAGAAAAAUAACUUCCUCCCUGCACCAGGGGCUUCCCGGAUUUGAUUUCACUGCAUCUUUCCUACCCCUUGUCUUGAGCGAAUUUUGGGUAGGAGGAGCCCAAGACAUUUUUGUCCCGAAAUAGGAAGUCCAAAUGGCACUAACUUACAUAGGGCACAAUCCCCUGGUGAUUUAUUUCCGUGCAAACCCCAUUAUUUAUUUUAUAUAUUUAUUUUUACAUUUAAAUCCCGCCUUUCCACCAAGGAGCUCAAGGCUGCAUACAUGCUUCUCCUUCUUUCCACUUUUAUCCUCACAACAACCUUGCAAGGUACCGGUAGGUUAGACCCAAAGUCACGCACUGAGCUUCAUGGCUGAGUAGGGAUUCGAACCCUGGUCUCCCAGGCCCGAGUCUGACACUCUAGCUAGUGCACCACACUGGCUCCCAGUAAUAAAUGGGAGCCCCACAAGUGAAUGUUUUGCUCUUGAGGAGCUCCCAUUUAUUUCACAGGAGAAAUUCCCUGGGUGUUGUGCCCUAUAAGAUCAGAUCAUUCUGUCUCCUAUUUCGUAGCUCUUCAUAAGACCCUAGAUUUAAUCCACGAUGGAGUCUGCCUCUAAGAGCUUCAUGGGCUCAGCCUGCCCUCUCCCUUCCUUCAGAAGCUGUCAAUACAGUGGUACCUCGAGUUAAGAACUUAAUUCGUUCUGGAGGUCCGUUCUUAACCUGAAACUGUUCUUAACCUGAAGCACCACUUUUGCUAAUGGGGCCUCCUGCUGCCGCUGCACCACUAGAGCCCAAUUUCUGUUCUUAUCCUCAAGCAAAUAUUUCUGGGUUAGCGGGGUCUGUAACCUGAAGCAUAUGUAACCUGAAGCGUAUGUAACCCGAGGUACCACUGUACCAUUCAGCCCCCCCCCCCCCAUAGUCCGUUUUAAAGCAGGCAGAAAAACUGCAGGCAUAGCAUUCUCUGCUAUGGGGUCAGGAAUGAGACCAAUUUUCCCUGUUUUUCUCUGUAGGCUAAUGACCCUUCUCUCUCCCUAUGGUCCUCUAGGCUUAGCGGGGCUUCGCCAUUCCUUGGAGAUACCAAACAGGAGACGCUGGCUAACAUCACAGCUGUGAACUAUGAAUUUGACGAAGAGUUCUUCAGCCACACCAGUGACCUCGCCAAAGAUUUCAUUCGGAAGCUUCUGGUAAAAGAUACCCGGUGAGCCUCAAAUGACCCGCCAGGAGGAAGAUGAGAGGAAGGCCAGUCUCAGAGCUGACCCAUACCUUGGCUUAGCGUGGAUGGUGACCCCCUUGUGCCGCCUUCAGUUCAUUCCUCCUCUUCCACAGUGAAUUCUCCUCCAACUUCUGCUGUCUCACACUCUCUGCUCCCUUAGCCCACAGAUUCCCUAUGUAAUCAUAGAAUCAUAGAGUUGGAAGAGACCACAAGGGCCAUCGAGUCCAACCCCCUGCCAAGCAGGAAACACCAUCAGAGCACUCCUGACAUAUCCGUAAAUCAAUGUGUUGUUGUUGUUGUUGUUUAGUCGUUUAGUCGUGUCCGACUCUUCGUGACCCCAUGGACCAGAGCACGCCAGGCACUCCUGUCUUCCACUGCCUCCCGCAGUUUGGUCAAACUCAUCCUGGUAGCUUUGAGAACACCAUCCAACCAUCUCGUCCUCUGUCGUCCCCUUCUCCAUGUGUCCUCCAUCUUUCCCAGCAUCAGAGUCUUUUCCAGGGAGUCUUCUCUUCUCAUGAGGUGGCCCCAAAGUACUGAAGCCUCAGCUUCAGGAUCUGUCCUUCCAGUGCGCACUCAGGGCUGAUUUCCUUCAGAAGGGAUAGGUUUGAUCUUCUUGCAGUCCAUGGGACUCUCAAGAGUCUCCUCCAGCACCAUAAUUCAAAAGCAUCAAUUCUUUGGCGAUCAGCUUUCUUUAUGGUCCAGCUCUCACUUCCAUACAUCACUACUGGGAAAACCAUAGCUUUAACUAUAUGGACCUUUGUCGGCAACGUGAUGUCUCUGCUUUUUAAGAUGCUGCCUAGCAUCUUACAUUGCAAUCAAUGUAGCUCUCCUAUUUGCAUCUUCUUUUUCUUCUCUUUUAAUAUAUGUUUAUUAAUUUUUGAGAAUACAACUGCAAAAAAAACCCCAAAAGCAUAACUCUAAUCCUCAAAGCAAAGGGUAUCUGUGGGUUUAGGGAGGAGAAAGUGUGGGGCAGCAGUAGUUGGAGGGGAGUGCUGCGAAAGCUGUAAGCUCCAUGGAUGAGGGGAAAUUAAGGGAGGCGGGAGGGAUUAAGCCGAGGUACAGGCAGGCCCUCAAGCUUCCUGGUCCUGCCCACCAUGGUUGGGUUGAUUGGUUUAUGCCUCACAGCAUAAACCUAUCCAGGCAGCUUACAGUAAAUAGCAGGAAAAAAUGUAAAUAUGAAGUUAACCAUGAAACCACAAAUGUCCUAAGUACAAAAAAUGCAAACCAAAGCGGACUGAACCAAAAAAUUAAAAACCACAACUACUACAUAGUUGUUUAGAAGGGCUGGGCGAGCAGAAAGCUCUUUUGGAGCCAAGAUGACCACAAGGAUGGAGCCAGGCAAGGCUCCCUGGGAAGAUUGUUCCAUAAGCUGAGAGGAAUGGUCACUACCAAAAAGGCUGACUCCCUGCUGGUUGCAUGGGCCACAGGGACACUCAGGACACGGCCUGCAGAAGAGAGCUAAGCUUUGGCAGGGUGCAUAUUGGAGAAGGCAGUUUUUCAGGUAACCUAGUCCUAAGUUGUUUUUAAAUGUAAUUUGAAGGUAAAUUGUGUCUGGAAAUGAACCUGGGAGCCAAUGCAAUAUUGUCCCAGUUCAUAAUCUUGUGCCUCUGUACAGUGGUGCCUCGCAAGACAGAGUUUACUAUACAGCGGAAAGGAGCAGCCAAGCAUACUAGGACUCAAUUUCUUGACUUUAAGAAAGCUGACUUCAUAAAACUUAGGGAAGUGCUGGGUGAGAUCCCAUGGACAGUAAUACUAAAAGGAAAGGGAGUUCAUGAUGGCUGGGAGUUUGUUAAGAGGAGAUACUAAAAGCACAACGUCAGGCAAUACCAAUGAGACAGAAACAUGGAAGGUGCCUAAAGAAGCCAGGGUGGCUAUCUAAAGAACUUUUAACUGAGUUAAGAUUAAAAAGGAUGUGUACAAAAAUGGAAAAGGGGAAACCACCAAAGAGGAAUUCAAACAAAUAGCCAGCACAUGUAGACACAAAGUCAGAAAAGCUAAAGCACAGAAUGAACUCAGGCUUGCUAGAGAGGUUAAAAGCAACAAAAAAGGCUUUUAUGGGUAUGUCCGUAGCAAAAGGAAGAACAAAGAAACAGUGGGGUCACUCAGAGGAGAAGAUGGUGAAAUGCAAACAGGGGACACAGAAAGAGCUGAACUCCUCAAUGCCUUCUUUGCCUCAGUCUUCUCCGAUAAAGAAAAAAUGCCCGACCUGAAGAAUUUGGAGCAAAUGAUUCAGCAAAGGAAACACAGCCCAGAAUAACUAAGGAGAUAGUACAAGAAUACUUGGCUAGUUUAGAUGUAUUCAAGUCUCCAGGGCCAGAUGAACUGCAUCCAAGAGUAUUAAAAGAACUGGCAGAUGUGAUCUCAGAACCACUGGCAGUCAUCUUUGAGAAUUCCUGGAGAACAGGUGAAGUCCCGGCAGACUGGAGGAGGGCAAAUGUUGUCCCUAUUUUCAAAAAGGGGAAAAGAGAGGACCCAAAUAAUUACCGCCCAGUCAGUCUGACAUCAAUACCAGGGAAGAUUCUGGAGCAGAUCAUUAAGCAAACAGUCUGUGAGCACCUAGAAAGGAAUGCUGUGAUCACCAAUAGUCAGCAUGGAUUUCUGAAAAAUAAGUCAUGUCAGACUAACCUGAUCUCAAUUUUUGACAGAAUUACAAGCCUGGUAGAUGAAGGGAAUGCAGUGGAUGUAGCCUACCUUGAUUUCAGCAAGGCAUUUGACAAGGUGCCUCAUGAUAUUCUUGUAAAGAAGCUGGUAAAAUGUGGUCUUGACUAUGCUACCACUCAGUGGAUUUGUAACUGGCUGACUGACCGAACCCAAAGGGUGCUCAUCAAUGGUUCCUCUUCAUCCUGGAGAAGAGUGACUAGUGGGGUGCCACAGGGUUCUGUCUUGGGCCCGGUCUUAUUCAACAUCUUUAUCAACGACUUGGAUGAUGGACUCAAGGGCAUCCUGAUCAAAUUUGCAGAUGACACCAAAUUGGGAGGGGUGGCUAACACCCCAGAGGACAGGAUCACACUUCAAAACGACCUUGACAGAUUAGAGAACUGGGCCAAAACAAACAAGAUGAAUUUUAACAGGGAGAAAUGUAAAGUAUUGCACUUGGGCAAAAAAAAUGAGAGGCACAAAUACAAGAUGGGGACACCUGGCUUGAGAGCAGUACAUGUGAAAAGGAUCUAGGAGUCUUGGUUGACCACAAACUUGACAUGAGCCAACAGUGUGACGCAGCAGCUAAAAAGGCCAAUGCAAUUCUGGGCUGCAUCAAUAGGAGUAUAGCAUCUAGAUCAAGGGAAGUAAUAGUGCCACUGUAUUCUGCUCUGGUCAGACCUCACCUGGAGUACUGUGUCCAGUUCUGGGCACCACAGUUCAAGAAGGACAUUGACAAACUGGAGCGUGUCCAGAGGAGGGCAACCAAAAUGGUCAAAGGCCUGGAAACGAUGCCUUAUGAGGAACGGCUAAGAGAGCUGGGCAUGUUUAGCCUGGAGAAGAGGAGGUUGAGGGGUGAUAUGAUAGCCAUGUUCAAAUAUAUAAAAGGAUGUCACAUAGAGGAGGGAGAAAGGUUGUUUUCUGCUGCUCCAGAGAAGCGGACACGGAGCAAUGGAUCCAAACUACAAGAAAGAAGAUUCCACCUAAACAUUAGGAAGAACUUCCUGACAGUAAGAGCUGUUCGACAGUGGAAUUUGCUGCCAAGGAGUGUGGUGGAGUCUCCUUCUUUGGAGGUCUUUAAGCAGAGGCUUGACAACCAUAUGUCAGGAGUGCUCUGAUGGUGUUUCCUGCUUGGCAGGGGGUUGGACUCGAUGGCCCUUGUGGUCUCUUCCAACUCUAUGAUUCUAUGAUUCUAUGAUUCUAAGACGAAAUUAAUCCAUUCCGCGAGUCUCUUCGUCUAGCCGUUUUUUCGUCUUGCGAAGCAACCCUAUUAGCGGCUUAGCGGAUUAGCGCUAUUAGCGGUUUAGCGGCUAUUAAAGGCUUAGCGGCUUAGCGGCUCUAAUAAAUGUAGGGGUUGCUCGUGCGCAAGUUGGUGCCACUCCUGGCUAGGUUGCCUUGUUAAACCUUUUCUGUCUGGACAGCCCUGCACUUCGUGGCUGUUCAGUCGCUAGCAGAAUCCGUCAGUGGGCGUUUCUUAAACCUUUUCCAGCAUAAAAGUUGUUUGACUCCAAGUCUCCUCCUACUCUCCCUGCGCGGAAGCCUUCUGCGCAGGGAGGGCGUGGGUAGCGGAGGACCCGUGCUCUCCUCGCUGAUCUCCGGCGAGGAGUCCUGGAGCCCCUCGCCGAUUCCCCCAUCUGCCCCCCUUUAUCCCUGGUGUUACGCUGAUUUCUUUCCCCAGCUGGUGAGCCGCCUCUCCCCCUGCUGGGCCCUUCUCCAGCAUCGCUUGAGAGCCUAGCCUCCGCCUCUGGCUCCGAUGUCAGUUCCCUGACAGCGGCUUAGCGGCUAAAAGGCUAUAAGCGUCUUAGCGGCUUAGAAAAAGGGGGGGGAGCGAAAAAAAUCUCAAGACUCGCAAGACAUUUUCGUCUUGCGAAGCAAGCCCGUAGGGAAAUUCGUCCUGCGAAGCGCAUCGAAAAACGGAAAACCCUUUCGUCUAGCGGGUUUUUCGUCUUACGAGGCAUUCGUCUUGCGGGGCACCACUGUAGUUUCAGGCCAACUGUAGUUUCUGGACCAUUAUAAAGAGGCAGGGGAUGGGGAUGGGGACCUCUUUUGGCCCAGCAGGCUAAAUCCUUAGCACCUCUGUGGGCCAAAUUGUGGCAGAUGGGUGGGGCAACCCACCUGUCAAUUACCUGACAUCAUUAUGGCAUCAGAUGAUUGACAAGAGGGUUGUCACGCCCAAUUGUCAAAGUCUCAAGUGCCCCAGCAGACAGCUGGUUGUUGGGUGCCUGAGGACCACCGCGCAAGGGCACUUCCUCCAGAGAGUGCCCCCCCAUCUUCUUCUCAGGUGGCCUCCCAUCCUGGCAGUUCACGGGCACAGAUCUGCUCUCUUUCCAUGUCUCCUUCAUCUUCAGCUCAUCCUCCGACCUCUCUUGUGGUAGCUUUAGACUAAGGAUGCUUUUAAAGAGGGAGAUGGACAGGGCUGUCUCUGCAGCCAGUAUGCGACACGCUUCAAGAACAGUUGUGACCAGCAGCUCUUCCCUGCAAGGGGGGCUCGCUUACUUAACAAAUUUUCUCCCUUUGCAGGAAACGACUCACCAUCCAAGAAGCUCUCACUCACCCCUGGAUCACGGUAAGCCUGGAAGUGGGGCAUGUGGUGUCACAGGGGAAGGGGGUGUUUUUUAAUUCGGACAGAGCUUUGUAUGGAGUUCUGCAUUUUGGCAUUGAAAUGUCACCUGUCAUAAUUCUCAUUUGCUUUUGCAUAUCUGACUUUAAACAUUACGGCAGCAUGACAAUGACCUUCUAGUUUGGUUUCUCACAGUUUUAACCUCACUGGAGGAGGGAGAUUAAUUUUUGCCAAACAUUGUCAGAAUCUUUGCAAAAUAAAAAUACAUGUUGCCUUUUUUAAUGCUUUCUUGUCUUAAGCAAGAGAUAAAAAAUAUGCGAUGCUGAGAUGCGUGUUGACAAGCAUACAAUUUUCCGUCAUGGAAUGUGUUGUGUGAUGGUGAUACAUCUGCCUACUGUUUGCAUGGACAGACAUAAACCACAUUCCAACUGUGUUUGGCUGGGCUCUAUCUGGUAUGAAUUUGCUCCAUCCAGUCCACCUUGAAAUCUAUAGGAAGUUGUAAAAGACACUCCAUUGCAUUUGUACAACUUUCCAAGGGUGGCUAUAGCCUAGUACCCAGUGGACCACACGCCUCUCUGUGUCUUUCUUUGUGUUUGUGGUGUUCUGCUGUGUAGAAGAUACAGUGGAUGUCCUACAUUUGCCCAGUGUCAAUACUCACAUCUGAAUGUUGAAGACCCCAGACAAAUUUUGUGAAUAAUUGAGAACACAGUGAUAUGUGAUAUUAAUAUGGGGCAUCCAUUAAGUUCAUCUGGAAUAGCCAAUUAUUUACAGGUGAAACUCAAAACAUUCAUUCAGUCCUGGACAUCCAUUGUAACAUGGAAUAUAUGCAGCUGGUCUUUGCAUGCUGGAAUCUGGAGUGCUGGAUUCUUAAGAUUUUUUUCACAUCACAAUGAAUCAGGCGCUACCAACCUUUUUGGAUCAGUGGGCACAUUUUGAGAGAGUGCUGGGGGCCUAGCACAAAAUUAGAGAGGUGGCCAGCCCCAUCAACCUUACGCUUACUGUGGGAGGUCAGCCAUGUACUUCUGGCUCUGAUUGUUGAGAUCACACAAUAUUGAUUAUAUAUAUAUAAAUACACACAAACACACUGACACUCUUGCUUUCGAAUGGCAACAGGGAGCAUUCCUCAGUAACAGGAAAAAUAGCCACACAACACUCACACUCAUUUCACAGAAAUGACUUAGAAAGGACCUGUUUGUUUUGUCCCAUAACUUGCUUUCCAGGAGGGCUACAGACUUUGGUGACCCCAGUACACACAGACACACACACACACACACAGAGAGAGAGAGAGAGAGAGAGAGAGAGAGAAUGCUCAAUAGUGUAUUUUCUGAAAUAUUUUCUAUUUUUUACAAAAAAUGACCACUUUUGAAACUGUAAAUGCACAGAUGCCAGCAUGCAGUCAGUCAUAGUGCUCACAGGGAUGUUUUUGUUCCACCAACCUUUUUUCGUGAAAAUAAAAUAAUGUCUGUGACAUGCAUGAAGGAAUCCUGUUUUCACCCAGCACCAUGGAUAUGUGUUGUGUGUUUGCCUUCCUUUUGCCUGCUGUGUUGUGGUUGAUGCUGUGGUGUCUAUAGAAGCAGUUUGCAUGAUUCUGCGGAUCAGUAAUAACCAUGCCCUACUACUUCUGUCUGAAGACUCACCAGCCCAAGGAAGAAACAAAGGUCCCAGAAAGCAAAAGGGCUGAGAACCAGCAACUGAAGACCAAGCGCCUGAAGGAGUACACCAUCAAGUGCCACUCCAGCAUGCCACCCAACAACACCUACAUCAACUUUGAGCGCUUUGCCUAUGUGGUGGAAGACAUCUCCAGGAUGGAGCAGAACUUCAGUGCUCUGGCUGUGUCCCAUGAUGCUUUGCAGGAGGACAUUGACGCCCUCGUUUCCAUCUACAACGAGAAAGAAGCUUGGUACAAAGAAGAACAUGAAAACGUGAGACAUGAACUUUCCCAGCUGAAGUACGAGUAUCGCAAGAUUGAAUCUCUGAAGAAGCACCUGCAGGAGGACAUAAGACUUGUGGGCAGCAGCCUCACUGGGGUUGCCAGCAAGUACAUGGACCGGCAGUCACAUUACGAGUCCUUGAGUAAGGAAUUGUCCGAAGAACUCAAGUGGAUUCAGGAAUUUACAGGCAGCUCUCAGCUGGAAGAUGGAAGUGACGCCUACAUCACUGGAAAUUUUGGCUCCGUCUUUAACAAAGAUAUAAAUGACUCUCUUAGGGAGCUGCUAAAUAGAUCCUGCUGUGAAGAAUUCCUAGCUGCCUUGAACCCAGGUGUUGCAAAGUCAAGUCAGUAACUCUGUCUAAAAUGGAGUUUCAGAUUUAUCUAUUCAUGCCACCUCAAGAUUCCUGCAUACUAAUGGUGACGCCCCACUUGUUCACUUUAUAUCUGAAAAACAUAAUUGACAGUCACUGUCGCAGUUGACUUUUGGAACUCUGAACUCUUGCCAAUGUUUUACCCUUUUUAACAGGGAGGCUGUGAAUUUUGCCAGUUAGAAAUGAAUUGAAAUUCCUUUGAAUAACACCCUGUUCUCUUUUUGGAGCAUACUUUGCAUUUAGAAGUGAAAGCCUUUGCUGUCAUUGUACUUUGGAAGAUGGAAGCAGCUUACUGUUACCAUGAGAUACCUCCUAAAUACCUGAUUGUAGAUAGUUAAGCAUCCUUAACAGCCUCUAUUGCUGUCCUGUGAAAGAGUCAGCAGUAAGAAUGCAUUGAUUUGAAACUCAGUAUGACUGGUGCUUUUAAUAGUGAUGGAUUCAGAUGGAGAAGCUCUUUCUUGCCCACAGCACCCUCUGCAAUCCUGACCGCAGUCUACUUCAAACAGUAGCAGGCAUUUCAGUUGAAAAGCAGAAUUGUGAAUGUGUUACGGAGUGAAUGGCGAGCUCUAAAAUCAACUCUACGCUCAGCAUAUUGACUGGGGUGAUGCGUAAAGCAUUGUCAAGAGACUUGACAUUCUUCCUCACCCCAAUCAAAGAACAUGGUCCAGUGAAGGAACCAGAUGACUGAAGACUCCUAUUGUGGAACUUGAAACUUUGUUUUUGUUGCUGUUUUGACUCAGAUUAUUAGAAGGGGAAAGUGUGGGAGAGGGGAGUGAGUUAUAAUUGAAUUAUGCACAUUUUUGUUCCUGCCUUUGAAAGAGAAGAGCAUUGCCUGAGCAGCAAUGAUCUUCUCAAAUGUGUAACUAAUUUCACACUUAUAGAGACAAUAAAUAUUUAUUUAAUACAUUGUGGUUACUUGCAGCACCAUCUGUCUGUAUGCUACACGAAAGAACAUAAUAAGAGCUUGCUGGAUGAGGCCAGUGGCCUGUCUGGUCCUUCUCAGAACAGCUACCCAGAAGCCCGCAAGCAGGAUUUGAGCACAAGAGUCUUUCUCUCCUCCUGUGGUUUCCAGCAACUGGUAUUCAGAAGCAUUGCUGCCUCUGAUUGUGGAGGCAGAUCAUAGCCUUUGUGGCUAGUUUUAUCCUCCAUAAAUUGGCCUAAUCCUCUUUUAAAGCCAUCCAAAUUCGGGGCCACCACUGCCUCAGCCCACGAAUUCUAGUAUUAUUGGCGGGGCGGGAGGCACGGAAUUCUCUAACUACUUUCGCCAUCCCUUGCAUAAUGUUCUGCCCUUCUGUCAUGUUGCCCCUUACUCACCUUUUCUUGAUGGUCCCAGACCCUACACCCUAGGAUUGGUUGAGUGAAUAAUGUUUGCCCAUUGGCUAUUGAUUUGUUUCUAGUGAUGGUCUCAGCAAGAUGAGGCUGUCGCUUGAGGGAGGGAGUGUGCUAAGUACUGGUUUGGGUUCAAUCCAGGGAAAGUCCAGCAAGUCCAGCUUCUUCCAAGGUUUGAAGAAAGUAGCUUCCAAACUGACAUGUGGGUCGGCUUUGAAUAUGCUUGGAAGCUCUCACUCGUGUGAGAUAAGGUAGGUACCCUGAGGCCUGUCUGAAUUCUGCAUAACUGGAUGUCCCAUUGGAGCCAGCUAAGUCCUAAGAUGUAAAUUAUUUGCUACCAUUUUAUUGCUGUUACACUUGGUUGUGCCAGUCUCAUCACUGUCAAACUUCAGACAGAGAGGAUGAGAACGCCAAAGACUUGAGGUCCGGAUGGAGAGCCUGUGGCUUGCCUGAUGCUGUUGAGUUACAGCUCCCUGAUACUUGGCCGUGCUGCCUGGGACAGAUGGGAAUUGAAGUCCAGCAACAUCUGGAUGGCACCACAAUUGCCCCACCCACCCCCGUACUUAAAGCGCACAACCCACAUAAUGUAUAUUUAAUGUCCCAGGCUUUCUGAAGCACUGAGCUUGUUCUCUCUUGUCUUUCCCAGCCAAAGGACAAAUGCCAGGCCUUGGUGAGGCGGGAGUCGGUCAUUAACUUGGAAAACUUCAAAAAGCAAUAUGCCCGGAGGCGGUGGAAGGUACUGUACUUGGAGUGUGGUUACUGAUGCAUGUGUGGUGCUCUCUACAAAGAAGCAAGACUUCUGUUUUGUUUUGUUUUGUUUUGUUUUGUUUUGUUUUGUUUUGUUUUGUUUUAAAGCAGGGAUGGGCAGCCUUUGGUCUUCCAAAUGAUAUUGGAGCUGGUGGUUGUUUACUCCAGCAACUUCUGGAGAGCCACAGGUUCCCCACCGCCAUUUUAAAGAAACAACAUUAUUUUUUUUAAGUGACAUAAAUUGUACCUUUCAGAGCUAUCUGCAGAACUGGCUUCUCUCUCUCUAGAAGCUAGCUAGUAAGUGCAGGCCGGUCUUGUUAACAUCAACAUUAUUGAUUAUUAUUUUAAAUUUAUAUGAUUACCCAUUGAUAAAGUUCUCCUAGCAGCUUGCAGUAAAACAAUUUGCAGCUCAACAUAAAACCACACUUUAAUGUGUUAUUAGGAUAGGUGCCUAGGCCACCCUUCCUGAUCUUGUUGGACUACAGCUCUCACCAGGCCUGUUCUUCACAAGCUGAAGUUUUCAAACCGUCUCCAAGGGUAGUCCCUAAGUAAUCAAGAUGGGAGGCUACAUCAAACCAGGAAUGGCCAUAGCUGGCAAGUCAGCCAGAGCAGGAAAUAAGCACUCCUUGAUAUCAAAGCUGAGCCUAUAAUGACCGAAAUGGAUCCAGGAACACCUCAACACUGUGUACCUGCUCCUUUGGGGGAAGUAUGACUCAGCCCAGAACAGGAUAGAUAGCGUGUGUGCAUGCUUUGAUCCUGCCCACUACUGGCCUCUGGCCUCUGAUCACCUUCCCCACAGAGGUAAGCAGCUCUCAGGAGCAGUGGAUGGGUGGCUUCCCAACCCUCUCUUAUUGCUGAGGAACACAGCUGCCUGUCCCAGUUCAGACUGUCUUCAAGGGUUAGCCCCAUUUAGUCCCCGAUAAUCAUUUCAGCUAUACUGAGCACUUUGUCUGAGCACUGAGAUCUGCCUCCUUCUGACCCAGGUGAGCUCACAGUGAACUGGAUCAACCAGAGACAAUAGGUUCCAGCUGAAUCUUUUCUGUAUUGCUGCAUUUUAACGUAUAACAUUUUCCUGGUUUUGUUAGCUCACUAAAUCCCCCAUGCAGCUUUUUAAGGUCUCCCUAGUGCUGCUUUCAAACCUCACCUGUGUAUUGGAGGCUGAUGACAGGGCAAGCCCCUUGGUUGUGCCCAUAAAAUGCACUGGGGGUUGUGGGGACAUCCCAUAAGUGGCUCUGCAGGGGCAUCUUCUGCCUUUCAAGAGUAUAACCACAAUAUCCUUGUUAUUCCCCCAGCUUACUUACAGUAUUGUUGCACUGUGCAACCAUUUAUCUCGCACCUUGGUGAGAAAAGUUCGCCUAAUGCAAGAUGAAAGCUUGGUAAGUACAUGGGGGCAAAGGAAGUGGAAAGUUGACAUGCCCAGUUGUUUGCGACAGAGGACGGGCAGCCAAGGCAAUGCCUUCCAAAUGUUGCUGGAGAGCCCUGUUCAAUCAGGCAAAGGAUCACCUAGCUCAGCAUUUUGCUUCCUUCAGCAGCUGGCUAGCCAACCAACCAACCCCUGAGACGCCUAUGCAAUACAAUAGCCCUUCUCCCGUUGCUGCUUCUUAGUAUUUGUCAUUCAGGGGCCUAAUGUCCCUGUGCCUGGAGGCUGCAUAGAGCCAUCGCUCCCCCUAAUAAUGACAUUAGGAGGUGAGCGCCAUCCAAGACAGGGCUGCUGAGGAACAAGAGGUUGAUAUUGGCAUGCUCUCUCACGAAUGCUGAGGAAUACAGAAAUGCUACCUCAGCACUGCUGCUUCACAUCCUGAACAUCAUGGUUAGCUAUGCAAGGCAAAGUUAAAGAGCUUUGAGCAGAGCUCUAGAUUCUCCAGGUGGUGGGUACAGGAGCAUAGUGUGGGGGGGUGCCAGAGGGGCUGUGGCCCUGUGCAUGGACUUUUGAGGGGGCACGAAACAGGCGCCCCCACGCAGGUGACUGAGGAGAGACAGUCCUUGAGGUAUGGCGCUCCUGAGCCAUUUAAGAGUUACCUCUCACCCACUCCUCCAUCUCCCCACUUGGGAACGUCUUUGUUGCUUGGGUUGUUCAGUGCAGGAGCAGACAGAAGACAGAUGGGGAUCUGCUGGAAGAUGACGGAGUGAUUUGCAGAAGAGCAGCAAAAGUUCUUCACUCUCAGUAGCUUAACCAUAGUAACGAGAAGGCUUUUUCCCUUCUAGAUUAGGCUGCUGGAAAUCAAGACAACCGGGGAUGAAAAAGGAGCCGAUGUAGGAUGUGUGUGUGUGUGUGAGAGAGAGGGGGGGGGUUCCUGAGCUGAGCGUGUGUGCAAACGCACCGGGACCUGCAAUUCAAUGCUCAUCCCCUUGAGUGACUAUUUUGUACCUUCUCUGUUUGCUGGACCUUGGGUUUUGUAAUGAAAAACAAAGUUGAUCAUGCAAGCCGGAAGUCUGCCCACCCAGCAGUGGAGCGUGUCUCCAUGUUGCCUUGGGUGGGGGUGGGUGCACCCAGGCACAUGCCCCCAUGCCAGGGGCGGCGUGAGGGGCCGAGGACAAACGGACCCUACUGCACCUGUCCAGCCCCUGUUGGAGCUGGAGCAACACCAGCCCUGGCAGCCAUGGCUGUUUCACCCUCCUCAUGCCACCCUCCUCAGAUCCUAGCCUUGCAAGGCUGCAGGGGGGGAUGUGGCAGCCAUGCACCCCUCGAUCCUAGCCUUGCACAAUGCUGGGAUCGAAGGGCUCAAGGUUGUCGCUUCCCCCCCUUAGCCUUGCAAGGCUGGGAUCCAGGGAUGGUGGCACACAAAAAACAUGUGCUGCGCCACCUGCCCCGGUGGGAGAGCAUGCCCCCCCCAUGCCAGCACCCCCAGAGGGGCCUGGUGCUCCUCUCCAUGAGUGUUGGUUCCUCCUUUGGCGGGCAGGGUUAUUGUUACGGUUUAUUACUAUGUUAGGUCUUUUUAUAUUGUGAACUGCCCUGUGUUCCUCAGAUGGUUGUAUAGAAUAAUAAUAAUAAUAAUAAUAAUAAUAAUAAUUAGUGUGUGUAUAAAAAGAGGGGCAAGGAAAAGUCUGCAGAUGCUGAGCCCUGCCUGAAACGUCACCUAUUUUCUCCUUUGUUCCAGCGCAAUUGUGAAAGUGACCACGAGGAAGAUCUUCCCAGCCGGCCGUCCCCUCACCAUCUCUUGAGGAGGAGGAGCAGUAUAUCUUAA